UGAGCUGAUGCUUAUUGCAUCAGUUGAAUGCCGGCUUUACAACAGUAAACAUGUUUAGUAUCAGCAAUUCUGUGAAAUUUCUUUUCUUUGUUGUUUUGUGCUUGGCGAUUUUUGAUAACAUCUUGGGAGCACAAAGGAAAUGCGCAGAAUACAAUGAAUAUUGUCAAGAGCAUUGGGAAUGCUGUUCGAAUACGUGUUUGACCUACUCUUACCGCUGCAUUGGCAAGAGGCGGCCCGGUGUACUGUACGAGCGUCCCAGCAUGACAUUCGAAGAUCUGCUAGAAAGCAUAGCUGAGGUCAAUAUGGUGCAAGCGAAUGCGCCAACGCAAUCGCCAAACGCCAGUGCAGGCAAAUCUAAGUUGGCGCUGAAGAAUUUGCUUAGCGCCAGGGGUGAGUGGGGUGUUGCCAUGUCAAAUCCAGUUAUACAAGAACGCUUCGCGGGCGUACAAAUGCGCAGCGGCAAUGCAGAUCCCACUUCAAAUGGGCCAGAUUUCAUAUUCUUCGUUUUACAACCGCAAGAAGCGCUGCGAAAGCCGAAGCAGUUGGAAGAGCAGAAAACAGCAACGGCUGAAGCCAUGCCAACAGAAACGCCGCUAACUGUGGCUUCGCCAAAUGUGAAAGCAGAUGCUGAGAAAGCAGCUACUGCUGAUAGCGAGCUGCCGGCGACAGCAACCAGGCAGUGCAAAGCCAUCGGCGAGAAGUGUUAUCGCCACGAAGAGUGCUGCACCCAACGCUGUCAUGGCUUCUUACACCAGUGCGUUACAUAGGUGGCCAAGCCAAGUGCAGUGCUGCCGCAAUUAUCAUAUGCACAUUAUUAUUUAUUUUAAGAAAUGAAUUACACCUUUUUAUGGUGUCGGUCGUAAACAGUUUUUAGUAUGAAUAUGCAAAAUAUCAAUUAACUAUUAUUACUGUUGAACAACUGAAUAAAAACAACAGAAAUUUGCUAA